CAGCAGCAGCAGCAGCAAGGGGCAGGCGAGCGACCUGUCAGACAUGUUUUGGGCGCGACGGCUGCUGGACACUCCGAGAAACGCAAUCAAGGCCGAUUACUGUAGUUGCUCCCUUGCAAUAUCGCCAGUCGUCGUCGUAUCUGUCGGGGGUUGGGGACCGUCGGCAUAGCAAGCUCAAAGGUCGGCAUACGCGUAUGACAUCAUUCGGAGCGAACAUAAGCGGUGGAGGGGGUGAGGAGAGCAACGCGCUCCUCCUGAGGAUGGACUUCGAGGAUGCAGACGUGGAAGAAUUGCGCCAGUGGAUUCGAAGAUACCCGUUUGGGACAGCCCUUCCCGUGCAGCCGUUCUCCCUGGUGGAGACGGUGACUGGCGUGGAUGUCGUGUUCAGAAAAAAGCCGACUCUCGAAAGAGGCUCGCGAGAUGGGGGGCUUUGCUUCACGAUUGAGGACAAGGUCUCCGGGGAAGGGAUCGACGUGCCCACGGGCCCGACGCUUAUCAUGCGGCGCAUCUCCAAAGGGCAAGAAAUUCGGAAGAUGUUCGCGGAACGCAUCGUGGUGAAGGCGGUUGUCAAGUCCUUGGCGGGGGACGGCGCGCCACUUGGGACCAAAGUCCGAACAGUCCUGCACGAGGGUUUAGUUUAACGCAACACCAGAGGACCCACGGCGGCUAUUGGAACCGCUUGUUUGGCGUCAGACCCUCGUUCUUAUAAUGCCUUUUGUGGGGCAAGCCAGCACCGACGAUCGGAUCAUUCCGGGUUUAGGCCAGAGUUUUCCAACGGGUGUACUCACGCGAGACUGGGGUCUAUUCGAAAACGAAAUUGCUGUGUGGUUCCUUUGUGGUAGCAGGAAGAAACCCGUAAACAAGACAUUCGCCAGAUCCAUCCAGAGGUUCUGC